AAUCGCUGACCCUGUGCUGGAUAAACUGCCUUGAUACCGUCAUGUGGUGUACAGCGACUUGUUAGUUGCCCGGUUUCCCAAUGGCGACACAACUGCUGGGUAGAGUGGCACGAAUGGUGUUAUCAGGUUGCAGCCGUAUUUGUGAUCGUGAGGUCUGCGCCAUUGUCCCUCAUGAUUCUCUCGACGGCAUUUCUCUCGUCGAGGUGCGCAGCUCAUGUUCAAUGUUUCUAGCAGACCCAGUGUGCGCAGCUCAGUCGAGUCUCAAUAAGUCAAGUGCCUUGGAAGGGGCAAGUGCGGUUUUGCGGUUUUGCCCUUUUCAUCUCAUCUCUCCUUAGAAGGCCACACAAUAUUUUCUUGAACGAGGUUUUCCGGUUCAGAAUUCCUCCCCAUUGCCAACCACAGAAACCCUCAUGCCAACGCUUCCCUCUAUCCCUUCUUCACUACGAUCAAAUCCAUCCUGACCCUCAGCUUGAAGAAAUGACGAUUCUCCCCUUCAUGGCAUCGAAGCCUUUUCUUCUGCUCCCGCUUCUCUUCUGCCUCGCCUUGUCGGCGUUCAACCCGACGUGUUACUACCCGAAUGGCACCGUGGCAAAAGAUGCCGUGAGUUGUUGGCCAGGCGCCUACGAGCCGGUAUAUAUGUGCUGCAAACCCGGCUCCGUCUGCCUUGACUCCAAGAUCUGCGCCGACCAGGUCUCUAAGGACAUGAUGAAGUACUACCGCGGCACCUGCUCCGAUCAAGAUUGGCGAAGCGAUAUCUGCCCGCAGUUCUGCAAUGUUGGCGAUCGAAAUCUUGGCGCCAUGCCGGGAAUUGCAUAUUGCGGAAACGUCGGGGACAAAUUAGGCUGGGAGUGUGAGGGCGAUGCCAGCGAGGACGAUGAUGCGAGACGGGAAGGCUGUGCACCACCUGAUUAUAUCGUGACCGGGUCAAUGAAGCCAUAUGCCACUGCAGGCGUAUACCCCGAGUCCGUCUUGAACCCCAAGAAUCCAGCAGAGGAACACACAGCCGGGGAGGAGAGCAAAACUUCCUCAGCGAAUCAAGCUCCAACAACUACUGCUGCCUCAGAGCCUAAAACUUCGCAGUCAACGUCAAAAAGUCAGCGUGCAGUCACUUCGACCGUCAAGACGGAGACGGAGACAGUGGUGGUCACUCCCACUACGACCGUGCUGGUCACUGUCACUCCAACCGUAUCGGAAAGCGUAGUCAGUGAGACGGAGACCACGACCAUUUCGACGACAACUACCACGUCCAUUGCGGCAACCAAUACCAAUGCCAUUGAAACGACAGCGACCCCAGCCACUGAGACAACCGAUCCCUCGCCCAUCGCAACAACGGCCGGACAAGAUGCGGCCACUUCACCCACAGCGGCACCGUCAAGCGCAUCACAAGAGUACCAUGCGUUGGCAGUACCGAUUGGCGUGGGAGUCGGAGUUGGUACGACCGUGGUGCUUGCCGCCGGGGCCUUGGGCUUCUUCUACUACCUGCGAAAGAAACGGGGCGGCAGGGGCCUGGGCCUGGCCCGAGCCGAGUCCCCUCCGCCCAUGCACGACGACUUGUUUGCGGUUCCAGACCAUCGGGUUCCUACGAUUCCGCGGAUUUAUCACGAGGUCAAGACGCCCGAGCCUGGAGGGACGAUGAGGUUUGAGUUGGUUUGA